AUGAGCAGAAACAUGAACCAGUCACAACCGAAUCUGCGGGUUCCCAGAACAGUAACCACCAAUGAUAUUCAAUGGUAUCUUGAUGAGAACAAGAGGCUGAUUAUGGCAAUAUUUGAAAACAUGAAACUCAGGAAAUUUGAUAACUGUGCCCAAAUACCAAGAGCAACUUCAAAGAAUUUUAUGUAUUUAGCUGCACUUGCUGACUGGCAACAUUCACAAUCACAAGUGAUGCCUCUACAGCAAAUGAGGAUGCAACCAGAAUACUGCAUGCAACACCCUCAGGUUGCAGCAAUUGAUGAACAACCAAGAAUUUCCCUCGAAAUAUGGCAUUGCAAUUUGCUAAUCCUCAAGAACAGCUACACCAGCAAGUAG